AUGGCACCUCACGCGGAAGAGUCGGUGGGGACCCAUACCGGGCACGCGGAUGUCCAACACCAGCAAGAGAAUGAGCGCAACAUGCCCAAGCCUGGCGAAUACAUCCAGUUCGACCAUCUUCCCGCCGGGGGCCCUCUGAACCGCUGGUCUCACUUCAUGACCCGGGACCACGAUUAUCCCGGAGCCCAGGCUAUGCUUUACUCGGCUGGUGUCCCCAAUAAGGACAUGAUGAAGAAUGCACCCCAUGUGGGAAUCGCUACUGUUUGGUGGGAGGGCAACCCGUGCAAGGCCGUUCAGAAACAAAACAUGCUGCCCUGGCAGUUCAACACCAUUGGUGUGUCGGACGGCAUUACCAUGGGCUCGGAAGGCAUGCGUUUCUCUCUGCAGUCCAGAGAGAUUAUCGCUGACAGUAUCGAGACGGUCACAUGCGCCCAACGCCAUGACGCCAACAUCAGCAUUCCCGGUUGCGACAAGAACAUGCCCGGUGUGAUCAUGGCCGCUGCUCGCCACAACAGACCUUUUGUCAUGAUCUAUGGCGGUACCAUGCGCAGAGGCCACUCCCAGCUUCUCGACAAACCCAUCAACAUCUCGACCUGCUACGAAGCUGUGGGCUCCUACAGAUACGGUGUGCUCAAGGCCAGCUGCAAGAAGCAGUCCGGUGCCGAGGCUACCGCCAGCGAGGUCAUGGACGAUAUCGAAGAGCAUGCCUGCCCCGGAGUUGGUGCGUGCGGCGGCAUGUACACGGCUAACACGAUGGCCACAGCCAUUGAAGCCAUGGGGUUGUGCCUUCCCGGGUCCUCGUCAUUCCCCGCCGAAUCUCCGCAGAAGAGAAGCGAGUGCGAGCGGGCCGCCGAGGCCAUCCGCAUCUGCAUGGAGAAGGACAUUCGACCCCGCGACCUGAUCACACGCCGGUCUUUCAUGAACGCCUUGAAGCUCACGAUGGUGCUCGGCGGAAGCACAAAUGCCGUUCUGCAUUUUCUGGCCAUGGCCAACUCGGCUGAUGUUGACCUCACUUUGGAGGAUAUCCACCGCGUCUCGGAGGCCACCCCGUUCCUGGCGGAUCUGGCCCCGUCUGGCAAGCAUUACAUGGAGGAUCUCUGCAACGUCGGUGGCACUCCCGCUGUCCUCAAGUAUCUGAUUGCUGUUGGCCUUAUCGACGGCGGCAUUCCCACGGUCACGGGCAAGACUCUUGCUGAGAACGUCUCGAGCUGGCCUUCGCUCGACCCCGGCCAGACCAUCAUUCGGGACAUUACGAAGCCCAUCAAGAAAUCGGGCCAUUUGCGUAUUCUCUACGGCAACUUUGCUCCUGGUGGCGCCGUGGCCAAGAUCACUGGCUUGGAAGGCGACUUCUUUACCGGCAGGGCCCGCGUGUUCAACAAGGAGCACGAGCUGAACAGCGCCCUUUCCGCGGGUCUCAUCAAGGAUGAGGAGGAGGGCCAGGUUUUGAUUGUUCGCUACGAGGGUCCCAAGGGCGGCCCGGGCAUGCCCGAGCAGCUCCAGGCCAGCGCCGCCAUCAUGGGUGCCGGCUUGAAGAAGAUUGCCCUUGUCACGGACGGGCGCUACAGCGGUGCCAGCCACGGGUUCAUUGUCGGCCACGUUGUCCCCGAGGCGGCUGUGGGCGGGCCCAUUGCCCUUGUGGAGGAUGGCGAUCUCAUCACUAUUGACGCUGUCAAGAACAGCAUUGAUAUCAUUGAGGCUUCGGGCAUCAAGGGCGCCGCGGGCAUUGCGGCGGAACUGGAGCGUCGCCGACGAGGGUGGAAGCCGCCCAAGAUGAAGCCUGUGAGGGGCGUCCUGGCCAAGUAUGCCCGUCUUGUGGGCGAUGCCAGCCAUGGUGCUGUUACCGAUGCUGGCGGUCCGGCUUGGUAA